AUGACCUCACGACGAAUCCAUACGACUGGAGAAUUGGUUCGAGCAACCAGCAUUGAAUUACCAACUCAUUCCCGCACAGAAACGCCCGGUGUGUUCAAGCAACUGGGGAUUGGCGGACACUCGGAGGAACGCGAACGCGAGUUUGAUGUCAUUUUUCCUCCCAGAAAACGCACGCAGAAGGAGCAAGAUAAGGAAGACGAAGAGGCUCGUAAGCGCGCAAUGACAAACCUCGUGAACUCGUGGCAGGAACGACUGCAGCUCAUCAGUGUAAUUACGACAUUCUUUGCAUCCAUAGAAGCAGGGAUGUUGGUGCCAGUGAAUACUGAUCCGAACGCAGUCGAUGCCUUGCCAAGUCUCCUCAAAGCUGCAAAUGCAGGAUUUUUGGGUGCAUUGAUCAUGCACGUCUAUGCAGCUGUCCUAUCAUUCCUUGCGGCUUUUCUUUUGAUCCGAUAUAAGCUGAAAGAAGCCUCAAACGAAGAGUUAUUCGCAGAAGGCAGAGCCAAAGGAUUUCAAAUUACAGCAUCUCCAGUGAAUGGUUCAUUCCACGUCCAAGACAUCGAGAGAGACGCCCAAAACAAUGAUGCCCAGAAAUUUGACCCGGAGAACUCGCCACAGACGGGCACAUCAGAUAACCACGCAGAUACCAAAUAUGCGCCCCCAGUGCUGCAGCGGAUGGGAUCGCAACCUGCGGAACCUCCUAUAUUUGUUAGGGACCCACACCUGGAGCAGGUUGGCUUUUGGAGUCCUACGAUUUCAUCGCAUCUCCUGAGUCGCGUACACGCCCUGUGCAUUAUCCUCGCUGGGGUUGGGUUUAUACUCGCAAUCAUGGGUAUCAUGACAUACGCGUGGGCGCUGCAACCAAAGGAGGUUAGCAUUUUUGUGACUGUGUGCUUCGGGGCCGCUGUUCUUGCGAUGGGGGUGCUUCUUCUACCUGAUCCCUAG